AUGACUACUACGGCUGCUCCACCGCCGGCACACCAGUCGAAGGUUGACCCGAAGUCCGUUAACAGAGCCGUGAAGUCUCUACUAAAAUGGUGGGACUCCAAAUCCAAGCCCGAGAGCUCGGAGCCGCUGGAGAAGGACGGUUUCGUGUAUCUAAUCGUGACGAUGAAGAAAAUCCCUCAGAUGGAUCGGACGAACCCGGUGAUGAUCCCUAUUCCUCAUCCUCUCAUCGAUCUGGAGGAAGAUUCGCGGGAGCUCUGUUUGAUCAUCGACGACAGACACAAGAACAAAAUCACAAAGGAGGCGGCCCUGAAGAAGAUCGAAGCAGAGAAGAUUCCAAUCAGCACCGUGAUUAAGGUCUCCAAAUUGAAGUCCGAUUUACGCAAACUAGAGGAGGAGAAGCGAUUCGAGCUGUAUUUCGCGGAGAGGAGGCUGAUGCCGAUUUUGCCGAAUCUACUGGGGAAAGAGUUCGUCAAGAAGAAGAAGAUACCAAUCGCGAUCAACCUGAGACAUGGAAAAUGGAAAGAGCAGGUCGAAAAGGCGUGCGAAUCGGCUCUGUUCUUCGUCGGGACGGGUACUUGCAGUGUUGUGAAGGUAGCGAAAUUGUCAAUGGGAAGGAAGGAGAUUGCAGAGAAUGUGAUGGCGGCCAUGAACGGGAUUGCAGAUUCGGUUCCUGGUAAAUGGAGAAAUGUUAAACUGUUUCAUCUGAAGCUGCUCGAGAGCUUGGCAUUGCCUGUUUAUCAAGCAGCUCCUCCAGUUAUGGAGCUCCGAUGA